AUGCCGAAAGCAAAACCUUCUGUAAUGGAGGUGAUUAAAAACUACAAGGAAUUAACAUAUGAGAGUAGUCGAUUGUUUUGCAGAGCUUGUGUUAAAAUGGCGCCUUUGCGGGUGCAACUUAUUGAAGAACGACUACCUAAUAUUCCAUUACCACCUGAACCAGUGUUGACAAGAUGGGGCACUUGGUUAGAUGCCGCAUUAUAUUAUGCAGAUCAUUAUGAAAAUUUUGAAAACGUUAUAUUCGAGCUACCUGAGACAGCUAAUAAAGCAAUUAAAGAUUGUCAAACGGUCCUGAAUCAAAAUGAAUUAAUUAACAAUUUAUCCUACAUGAAAGCUAAUUUUAGUUUUGUCAGUACCACCAUAAAGUCCCUAGAGAAGCAAGGAAUGACAUUGGAUUCCUCCAUCAAAAUGAUUGAUGAUUUCGAAAAAGCGAUUGACAAUGUACCAGGAGCAACUGGCCAAAUACAAAACAUGAACAAAAUCAAUUUAAUGGAAGAACCUUUAAUAAUCACCAUAAUCAAAAUCAAAAUUUUUCGCAUCAAACUUUUAGACCGAAUUAUAACAGUUACCAAAGUAAUUUUAACGGACAAAGUAUUCCAAGUAACCGUGCGUAUUAUAAUCCCAAUCAAAAUUCUAAUCUUAGAAAUUUCCAAAAUCGUUAACUCAGGAAAUAAUUUUUAUCAAAAUCAGAGAAACUUCGAUAAUAAUAUAUCAUCAAAUAGUCAGACAUCUUAUGGAAAUAAUCAAUUGUAUCAUACUAACAACACUAAUUCCCGAAACUAUGCAUCAAAUUCUAAUCGAAAUCCUUAUUCUCAACAAAGAAGUGAUAAUUUUAAUAAUUUUAAUGAUAAUAAUUAUAAUAAUAAUGCAAAUUCUUGUAAUCCAAAUUUUAAUUAUGCUAAAAAUUCUAGAAAGCGAUCAUCAAACAAUCAUCAGAACUUUUAUAAUCAAAAUAAUUAUGGACAACAAAAUGAUUCUUGUAAUUUGUCUCGUAAUCAAAAUGUAUCUAGUCACAGAAACCAUAAUUUCAAUCAAUAUCGAUUCAAUCAGAAAAAUCCUAAGAGACAAAAACUAGCUAAUGCACAGUUACAUAAUAUUGAGACAGAAAAUAACUUAUUGACAAUAAAGCUACAAGCAUUGAAAGAAGAAAAACAAACUUUAUUGAAAAAUUUUGAAAUAGAACGUAAAUUAUUCGAUAAAAUCCAGGAGGAACAUAACAAAUUGAAAGUUAAAGAAAUUAGAAUGGAAGAAUUGGAAGAAAUGAAUAAAUUAUUAAAAGAAAAAAUUGUUGAUCUUGAAAAUUUUUGA